AUGGCUUCAAAUCGGGAAGAACGGCGGUUGAUGCGCCAGCGUGGAGCCGGGAAUCGCAUAGCUAAAGAUGUCGACUUUGGUUUUGGUUUCUCGUUCAGUACUCCCAAACUACAACGCCCAACCCCGCCAGCUUCAACAGCACUGCCAGAGCCCAACAUCUCACCUCCGAAAAGAUCCUCCUCACGCAUGAGUACAACACCAAAUCAAAGGCGUCUGACUUCUCCGCAUUUAACCCGACGAACCCCCACCAGAUCACAAAAUCCGUCUUCUAGCAGAAACAUCCAGGGUAGCGUGAGAAACUCCAGCCCACGUAAACCAUCGGUAUUUGAUAUCCCGCCGGAUGAUGAACCAGAUCAAGGAAGAGAGAAUAAAAGAAGGCGACUUGCAGCAUUUGAGCCAAUUUCGGAGGAUGCGGUGCUGAGUAGGAUGAGUGUACAUGGAAAUGGUAUUACAACGACAGGAACCUCCGCGCAACCUGUGCCCGAUGUACCACUCAGACCGGAUACAGUUCCGCGAGAACCUGGUCAAGGGGAAUCUGGGAACGGAACUCGUGAGCCUUCAGCCCAACGCGAUGCGGGAAAACAUGAAUCUCAUCGGGCUUUAGAGGACGAGGUCGAAACACUAACUCGAAAGCCCUCCGGUCUUACUACCAGUGUAUUACAAGAAGGGAGAUCCCAACCCUUUAAGCCAAGCCCUCAACGUAAACGAAAGAAAAGAAAAUCGGUUGUUCAGGGUCCCAAGAAGCCCAAGAGAUCCUCCGUUACUGUUAGCCAGCUAAGACAAGAGACCCUGCAAGAGCCUGAACCUGAACCUGAACCUCCACUUGUAUCAGGAUCAGGGCCAGAUAUAGAGCAAGAAUCAGAGCAAGGGCUCGAACAUGCACCUGCACACGAACCCGAACAGGAACCGGAGACAGAGCUACAAAACAAUGAUGUGGAAUCAAGAGAUGUGGAUGAACCGACUGAAGGGUUUACUAGGCCACCAAAACGCAAGCCGAAAAAGAGGAAAUAUAUUCCAAAAAUGCCCACUAAACACGAGCGUCGCGUUCCUCUUUUUCACAAUGAAACUGAAGAGCAACAAAUUGAGGAGCAUAAUCAUGGCUCAGAAGAACUAAAUGUGAACCAUGCAGAGAGAGGAAACGAAGUUGAAAAUAGAGGAAACGAGGAGCAUUCACACGAACACUCCACUUCACCCCAACCAACGACAAAAUCAAAACGAAUACCCGGUCGUUCAGCCAAAGGCCCCCGCCAGCAGUCACAGCAACAAGAAGAUCACGAAGAUGCGGAAGAAAAUGCAGAUGUGGACCGCGCCCAGUCGAGACCAUCCAAGAAGAAACAACGCAAAAUAUGGAGGCCCGCGGAGGAAGAGAACACGGGGGCCGAUGGUGAGCCAAUAUCUCGCGGAGAAACCGUUCCUAUUAUCGUCCACCGUUUCGCAAGUCUUUCAGCUCUCCAGUGUAUUUCAGGCGAUGUAGAAGAUCCUUCAAUUGAAGCUACUCAACCGGACGACCAAUCUGUUGGUCAAAAAUAUCCAAGUCGUAGCGAAGUCAAUCCAGCAGACGUCCUGGGCCAGAUCUCCCGUGAAAUUCUCGAAAAGACAAUCUCAACCCUUGAAAACGGCAUCGCGCAGGAGUCGAAUGCGCCGCGGCGAGCGGAGUGGAUGCGUAAGCGAAAGGCAGUUGAACUGUUUGGCAUUGAGCUUGAGCAGCGACUUUUUGAAAUGAGUGAACUUCUGGACAGCAACUUCGUGCUAUCCGCUCGCCUCAAGAAGCAGAAGAAGGAUAUGGCUUAUCUUAGGAAUCGUUUAGUGGAGUUGCGGAAAGAGAGGGGCAAAGUUGCGCUGCGUAUCGACGAGGUACGGAGGAAGUGUAUAGAGGAUGAAAGGAUAAAAACGGAGCAUGACAAUCUUAAUAAUUCCCUGUACGACCUCCAACUUGCGAUCGACCGUGGUGGCAAAUUUGACGACGAGCAAAUCGUGGACCCGGCUGUUGGCCUUGAUUUUCUUCUCCGCACAGUCGCGCAGGAUGUCAGUUCCGCCGCAUCAGGAUCCCAUGGCGGUAUCUUGAAUCAAAUCAGACACUUCAACAGCCAACUCGAGCGCACAGCUGCUCUGUUGGAAUAG